CAUUCCUUCACAGUAUCUCUUACUAAUCAGUUCUUGCCUGCACGAAUCUUGCUGUCAACCCAUUGCGUUCCUGAUUCCGUAAUUCUUUCCGAUUAUUCGUUUCUUCGGCAUCAAGAGAUAAUGGCUGCUGUCCAAGCUCUCGUCCUUACCCACACCAAUCUCGCCAUCGCCACACCUUCGCUGAGACGUCAGGAGCAAGUUCCGCGCAGACUCGCCAUCACCGCGUCGAAACGGCACCGGCGGCCGGGAGUGCACCACCGAGGCCCCGCGCUUGAGAAGGCGACAUUCCCGCACGGCUAUGGCGUAGCGCCCGAGACGGCCCUGCAGAACGCGAUGGCUGCGAAGCCGGAAGAGGCGAAGCCCGCGGCGGUGGAGGCGCGGAUGGAGGAGGAACGCCCCGCGUGGCAUGAGUCCAUGAGGGGGCAGCUCUUCUGGUUCAUGCGCGCCCUCGGGACUAUCGUCGACUAGACGCGCCGCUGCAUACGCUCCGCUCCAUUGAUGGCGACAGCGGGAGGUGCUUACUCCUUCGGAACGGUUGUUCACCUCCAGGCGGUUUAGCAGAGUUAAUGUUCUGCAGUUUGAGUGUGCACCGCUAGUUUCCGUUCGUGUAGCUGGUUAGUGUGUAUAUAGUACAAGCAUUUGUGCUAAACAGUUUGUUUUGGUAAUGAAUAGGGUGGGCCCUGUGUCAUGCACGACUCGCUCUAC